CUUUGCAUGGUAGAUAGAAACUUCAAAUGGCUUCCACACCAAAGAAGAAGGAGAUAGUGUCACAAGUUCCUGAUUUCAUUAAUGUGUACAGUGAUGGAACCAUUGAACGUCUUGAUGAUAAACCAAAGGUUCCACCUUCACCACUUGAUCCUCAAACAUGUGUCUCAUCAAAAGACAUUUUCUUUUCCAAUGACCCUUCAUUCAAAGCUAGACUUUACCUACCAAAACUAACACAAAACAACCAAAAAAUACCAAUCUUAGUUUAUUUUCAUGGUGGUGCAUUUUGUUGUGAAUCACCUUUUGCAUCACACCAUCACAAAUAUUGCAAUGUUGUUGCUUCUCAAGGAAAAGUUUUGAUUUUUUCUAUUGAAUAUAGAAGAGCACCAGAACAUUUUAUUCCAACACAAUACGAUGAUUGUUGGGUUGGUCUCAAAUGGGUUGCUUCUCAAAAUAAUAAUGAGACCAAAGAUCCAACAAAUUGUGACCCUUGGAUCAUUAAUCAUGGUGAUUUCAAUAGAGUUUUCAUUGGUGGUGAUAGUAGUGGUGGAAAUAUUGUUCACAACAUUGCAAUUCGUGCUGGUGCUGAAGAAUUACCAUGUGGUGUUAAAAUAUUUGGUGCUUAUAUGAACCAUCCAUUUUUUUGGGGUUCAAAACCAAUUGGGUUUGAAAAAGUUGAAGAAUUUGAGAAGAUUAGUGAAUUUGCAAAUUUGCUUUGGAAUUUUGUGUAUCCUAAUGCACCUGGUGGUAUAGAUAAUCCAAUGGUGAAUCCGUUGGAUCCAAAAGCACCAAAUUUGGCUACACUUGGUUGUUCUAAGAUGCUUAUUACUGUUGGUGGUAAAGAUCGUUUUAGAAACAGAACAGUUUUGUAUUAUGAGGCAGUGAAACAGAGUGAAUGGAAAGGGGAAGUGGAACUUUUUGAAGAUGAAGAUGAAGAUCAUUGUUAUUAUAUGUUUGAUCUUGAUUCUGAGAAAGGCAAAAUAUUCAUCAAAAUUUUGGCUGAUUUUCUUCACCUUUGAAAGAAUUCAAAAAUGCCAUGCAAGUUUACAUAAUUAGUAUGGUUUGAAUAAGGAUAUGUCAUGCUAAUGUUUGUUUGUUUCACGUUUACUUUUAUAUUUUGUUUUUUUUUUUUGUCUUAUUUAAUUUAUGCUACAUUUGUAUACACCCCUAAGUGGUGAUCAAAUGGAAUAAAAUAUGAGAAAAUUGACCGUUAA